AUGGGUAUUGAAGUGCUUACUAGUUAUAGGCUAGCUGGGUAUGCUUUAUUUGUAGUAGUGUAUGCUGGCUUAGAAAUCCUUGCAAUACCAGCUAUCCCGUUAACCAUGUCAGCUGGUCUACUAUUUGGUUAUAUUAUUGGCACUAUCAUUGUCUCUAUUAGUGGAACGGUGGCUGCAAGUGUUUCCUUUCUAAUUGCCAGAUAUUUUUCCUGUGAUCGUAUUCUUAAAUUGGUGGAAGGAAACAAGAAAUUUCUUGCGAUUGACAAGACAAGAAAUGCAACAAGGUUAGUUGCUCCAGCUAUUGCCACGAGUUUAGGUGCCUUAACAUAUACAUUGGGCACCCUCGUCCCUAUGAUAGGAGCAAGUGGAUUUGCUACAGCUGCACCUGUAACUGCUAUAGAAACUGUUGCCGGUAGUUUUAGAUAAUCUCUCAAUAGUUAU